CGAAACGCGCCGAACGCCCGAACGUGCCGAACGGAACGCCUCGCGCAUCACGUCGGUUACUCGGCGUUGAUUCGGCGUCGUUUCGAAGGCGUGAGGCUUGGCGGUGGAAGCGGCUCCGAGGUCGCAUUGACAUCCACGUCUUGAGUGGCAGCCGGAUCCAUUCUUCUCCGUCAAAGAACAGCGUACCCGCCGCAAAAAUGGCCGCCCGCAGGUUUUGCGUUGGGGGAAACUGGAAGAUGCACGGCAGCAAGAACAUGAUCCGCGAUAUCUGCAACACUCUGAAGGGAGCCUCCCUGGACCCUAACACAGAGGUGAUCAUCGCCUGCCCGGCCCCGUAUCUGGACUACUGCCGGAGCCUGCUUCCACCUUCUGUGGCCCUCGCUGCAGAAAAUUGCUACAAGGUUGAGCAAGGCGCUUUCACUGGCGAAAUUAGCCCCGGCAUGAUAAAAGACUGCGGUGGCCAGUGGGUCAUACUGGGUCAUUCGGAGCGCCGACACAUCUUCAAGGAAGAUGACGUGCUCAUCGGAGAGAAGAUAAAGCACGCCUUGGAGUCUGGCCUUGGGGUCAUUGCCUGCAUCGGUGAGCUGCUGGAAGACCGAGAGGCCAACAGGACCGAAGACGUUCUCUUCCGGCAGAUGAAGUAUGUUGCAUCUAAUGUCAAGGACUGGACCAAGGUUAUCAUCGCCUAUGAACCGGUGUGGGCAAUCGGUACUGGCAAGACUGCUACCCCCGAUCAGGCUGAAGAAGUCCACUCAAAGGUGCGUAAUUGGCUGUCUUCCAACGUUUCCCCUGAUGUGGCAGCAAAGGUCAGGAUACAGUAUGGAGGCUCGGUGAAUGCCGGAAACUGCAGGGAGCUGGGCCGGAAACCCGACAUUGAUGGCUUCCUCGUGGGUGGUGCCUCCCUGAAGCCAGAGUUUGUCGAGAUCAUCAAUUGCCGCCAGGGUUAGCUCGACAUGUCGUAGCUAGCAAGCCCACAUAAAUUAAGACCUUGCGUCUCUUUUUUUUUAAGGCUUCUUGUUCGUCGAUUAAAGGAAAGUAUACAUUUGAGAUUGCUUGAGGGUCUUGUUGUUCUCAAACACAACAAAUAGUUUUCUCAAUUUGCAUGCUUCUCUAAAUAGUUCAUGAAAACACAUUUGAAUGACAGUUUUGGUUAAUCGUAACUGCUUCUGUUUUUCUUAUUGAAACUAAAAGUUUGUAUCUUUGAAAUCUACAUCUACUAGUGACUAGUCACCAUGGAAUGUUGUUUUGCAUGACCCUUGAAUUGGCCGUCAGUGGCACUAAUGCCUCCCAUGUUUGUAGUAGCAGCUUACCUCAGUGUCAUGUCCUGAACAACAAGUGAAAGGUUUCUUGUGUGGUGCAGAGCUACCUAACAGUGGCUAUACACGUAACCUGCUGCUACUGCGCGAGAAUGUUUAAAGCGGUGUUCCAUGCGAACCAUUUGCUGUACUGUAGUUUGUCAUGUGACUCUGCCAAUGUGAAGGAGUUAUCCAACUAGUGUAAAAUCUGUUGUUGUCAUGUCUUUUUAUGACACUGCCAUUACGAAUAAAUAUUUGGUGCAAUGCACCAAUUCUUUUGUGAAUUGGAA